UGAGUGUUUGUGAUUGGCCGUAACCUUUUUCCGGUGGGGCAUCCGUCCAAGGACUGUGAGAAGAGACGAUAGCUAGUAAACUGUUGGUGACAGUGACGAAAGAACGUUUUUUCUUGCAUAUUUAUUUCAGAGAUCAGGAUGGCGUCCGGCAGUUCGAGCAGUGAGGAGGAGAGGAGCCUACGUGAGUGUGAGCUCUACGUGCAGAAGCACAACAUCCAGCAACUGCUGAAGGACUGCAUCGUGCAGCUGUGCACCUCCAGGCCUGACCGACCCAUGGCCUUUCUCAGAGAGUACUUUGAGCGGCUGGAGAAGGAGGAGGUCAAGCAGCAACUGAGUCUGCAGAAGUCUAGCUCGCGGUCCGACUCCCGUGACGAUGAGAUCUCUCCUCCCAUGAACCCCGUGGUGAAGGGCCGGCGGAGGCGCGGCGCCAUCAGCGCCGAGGUCUACACUGAGGAAGACGCCGCCUCCUACGUCAGAAAGGUUAUCCCUAAGGACUACAAAACAAUGGCUGCCUUGGCUAAGGCCAUUGAGAAGAAUGUACUCUUUUCCCACCUAGAUGACAAUGAAAGAAGUGACAUUUUUGAUGCCAUGUUCUCAGUCACCUACAUUGCUGGAGAAACAGUCAUUCAACAAGGAGAUGAGGGGGACAACUUCUAUGUUAUUGACCAAGGCGAAAUGGAUGUGUAUGUGAAUAAUGAGUUGGUCACCAACAUUGGAGAGGGGGGCAGUUUUGGUGAGCUGGCGCUCAUCUAUGGCACCCCCAGGGCGGCCACAGUCGGAGCCAAGAGCAACGUGAAGCUGUGGGGCAUCGACAGAGACAGCUACAGGAGAAUACUCAUGGGCAGCACCUUGAGGAAGAGGAAGAUGUACGAAGAGUUCCUAAGCAAAGUAUCAAUUCUCGAGUCUCUGGAUAAAUGGGAACGCCUGACGGUGGCUGAUGCUCUGGAGACGGUGCAGUUUGAAGACGGCCAGAAGAUCGUGGUGCAAGGAGAACCCGGAGACGAGUUCUUCAUCAUCCUUGAGGGAACGGCUGCUGUUCUACAGAGGCGGUCAGAGAAUGAGGAGUUUGUGGAGGUCGGAAGACUUGGGCCCUCAGACUACUUUGGUGAAAUUGCUCUGUUGAUGAACCGCCCGCGUGCUGCCACCGUGGUCUCCCGCGGACCCCUCAAAUGUGUGAAACUUGACCGUCCGCGCUUCGAGCGAGUGCUCGGCCCCUGCUCAGACAUCCUGAAGAGGAACAUCCAACAGUACAACAGCUUCGUGUCCCUGUCCGUCUGAAACUGCCCCUCCCCUCCAUCAACCCCCC